AUGGCCCCUAGGAAGACCCAGAAAGACAGCGCACAAGGCCCAGGCCGCGGCGCGUCACGCAAACGAGCGCGUCGCGAUUCCUCUCUUGUUGAAUCCGAUGCCGGUCAAACUCAGGCCAACAGACCAGCUAUUGACCAGAGCGAAGGAAUGGAUGCUGCAUCAGAGUCAACAUUACAGCAACCUAUCAUUUCAUGGGCAGCGCUCCUUGAUUCCUUCGAAACGGAGCCCAUGACCGCUCAAAUACAAAGACACAAAGAUUGGCGUCGUAGCGGAUCUUUAAAUGACAAAUUCUGCCGUGUUUGCCUUCAACCGGGCGAUCUCUAUCCUUGCCAUACGUGCAAGCCAGCAUUUCAUGCCGGAUGCAUUCCAGAUGGCUCUCGACGCGACACUGCAGACAACCUCUUUUGCGCUAUUUGUGUUCGACGUGGCUGGAACGUGGCCCCUCCUUCACUUACGCCUCCCCCUUCUCCAGGGCUAGCACCUGCACGAAAGCUAGAUGCUACAGUGAAACCCGCGGUCAUAGCGCCAAGGCGUAGCAUGCCCGACGGUAGUGUCGGUCCUGCGGCAGUUUUCAAUAGUAUGCAGGAGCAAGAGGCAGCAAAGAACGCCAUGACGCCCUUUCCUGCCGAUUAUCGCGCUGUGCAGCCUCGAGCCGCCGCGAUAGAUCUCGCGGGCUCGUCCAAUAGUAACGCGCCUAGCGAAAAUAAUGAUCGUAAUACGGCAUCACCACGUCCGAAGCGACAACGCAAGUCUCGAUUUGCUACGCUGUCCAGUGAAGUCGAUGCCUCGCUUGCCGUUCUCUACCGUGAACUGGAAUCUGUCGCGUCUCUCAAAGCGCAAGUUGAGGAUCUACAGAUUCAAAACACGCAAUAUCUCCAGACCGUUAAGAUCCGCGAUAACAACAUAGCUGUUCUGCGCAGGGACCUGGACAAUCGAAAAGCUGAGAAUGAAGAACUGGCUAGAUUACGAGCGAAUAUUUCCCAUCAUGACACUCUCAAGAAGAAAGUGGAAGAUCUUCAAUCGAGGAAUGCGCAACUGGAAGCAGAUUUGCAGGUUUCACGCGAACAGACAGCGGCAGCUCAAGAACUCGUGAACGAUUGGAAGGGAAAACUUUCCCAGUUGAUCGGUACUUCUUGA